CUUGCGUCCCUCCCAACAUCCUGGAGUCACGAGACAGGGGACUUAGGAGAAGACGGGAUCUCAGAACUCUGGUCCCAGGCGCUAAGGGACGGCAGCGCUGUUCCUGGUGCUGAAACGCCGCUGCCGCAGAAGGGAGCAGCAGCCUGCGGUCCGGGUACAGCGCCGCAGCGUCUUCGGGAGCUGUCCAGUGCUGAACCGGAUGUGGCCCGGCCUGCCGGGCUUAGACCGCAGCCUGCUGCCCCCCGCGGGCCCCGGACGGAGCUUCUGGAAGCACUGGUUCAGAGCAGAGCCUUGGGAGAGCAGGGAGCCGCGGGCUCAGAGCCGGGCAUGGACCAGCUCGACUCCUACCAGGGGGGAGCUGGCCCUGACUUCCAUGAACACGUCCUGCGUAAGACCAUCCUGGUUGGUGAUAGCGGCGUGGGAAAGACAUCUCUGCUGGUUCAGUUCGACCAGGGCAAGUUCAUCCCGGGCUCCUUCUCAGCCACCGUGGGCAUCGGAUUCACAGGCAUCCGCAGCUUCCCCCAGGCCCGCCCCCGGGGCCACCUGUUGACCGCCAGGUGGAUGGAGCUCGGGCGCCGCCUGCUGGCCGCGCUGCGCAGGGGCAACGGGAACCCGGGCCCUGGUCCGCGGAUCCCAGCGAUGCCAGACCUCCACCGACCGCUACCCGUGGGAAUCUAA